UAAUCAACUUCAAUUAAAAAAAAAAAAAACCACCCAAGAUUUUCUCUAAAUUUCAACAAUGGCCAAUGAUCAAAAAUACCAACAAUCAUAUCCACUAGCACCAUCAAGUGUUAUGCCUAGAAGUGAUGCAGAAUUUGCAACAAAUAAUUUCCAAUCAAAUUAUAAUCAAAGAAGGAAGAACAAAAUCAGAAGUAUUUUUCUCAUCACAAUUUUCCUAAUUGGAAUUAUUCUUCUAUUUUCCUUCACUUUCCUUCGAAUUAAAAUGCCGAAAAUGAGGCUCGAAAAUAUCACAAUAUCAAACGAUGGCGAUGGCAGAAUUAUUUUCUCCGCGCAAGUUUAUCUAAGGAAUCGAAAUUUUUGGCGCUACGAUUAUGAUAGUACCUUAGGUACUAUUAAUACUGCAGGGGGUGCAACUAUUGGACAGUUUGUUAUUCCUGAUGGUGAAAUACGACGUCGUUCGACGAAAAAAAAUUAUGUUAUGGCAAAUAUUAAUUUGCCUUCAAGACUUAAUAAUACUUCUGGGGUUUUGCCAGUUAUUAGUGAAGCUAAGAUGAGAGGUAAAGUGAAAGUGUUUAGGGUAUUUAGGUGGAAAAAAACUGCAGAUUUGAAUUGUAAAAUGUCAAUUAAUUUGACUAUUAGUGCAAUUCAGGAUCUUGAUUGUGAGUGACAAUAAUUAAUAGAUUUUUUUUUUUUUCUUUUUUGAAGUCUUACCAAGCUACAUUUAUGUAUUUAUAAUUUUCUUUUGGUUAUAGUGUUGUAUGUAUAUCCAUUAUCUGAUUUUCCUUUGUGUAGAUAUGAUGAUUUGAAAGAUUAUAAGACAUGUCGUUUUUGUUUUUCCA